GACACAGAACUCUUGACCAUACAUAAGGCAGAACCCAUCCGGGCUGGGCAGACACCAGAAAGUCACUUCUUUUUCCUCCACUGGACUGCCCUUGGCCACUUCAGCAGCAUGAGAACAGCAGCCUUUGUCCUGCUCUCAGCCCUGGUGCUUCCAACGAUCCUCAAUGUAGACUGUGUCAAACACCAUGAACAGAUUGACUGUAAUAAAUAUAAAAUGUUACCAUUAGAAGAAAGAUUUUGUUAUGACAUAUAUGCACCAAUUUGUGGAUCUGAUGGCAAAACUUACAGCAAUGAUUGCUACUUUUGUUAUGAAGUUGAGAAAACUAACAACAAACUUAAAUUUGUACACUUUGGAAAAUGUUGAAUCUGUCUUAUGACUACAAACACAAGAGACACAUUUUUUCUCCCAUAUAAUCUAUACCAUAUUACCUAAUCUUGUCACUAUUAUGUCUUGAUUUGCUUGUAAAAUAAAGUGAAAUAAAUAUA